AUGCUUCCAACCGGUAGUCCAGGCCGCAAAAUCCUCGGAUUUCUAUUUGGCAUCAACGACAGGAUCUACAAUCUCAUGUGGUCCCAUGACAAAGGCAUCCCAACGGAGCAUGUCGACCACACUCUGGUCACGAUUAUGCUGGGUGACGAAAGCGGAGCAGGAGGCCAUCAGCCUCAGAUGGAACUAUACGACGACCUAGGCGCAAGGAUUGGACAUCGCAUGACGAAUGACGACAAGAUGACGACACCAAAGUACAUUGUAGUCAACCAGUGGAGUUCCGAUGCCAUCUGUGUCUCGGCGAUCCAGGUGUCAAACGGAAAACUCUCCUCCGUCUUUUACGGUGAUCUUGGGGCUCGCUGUGGACAGAGCUGGUUCUUCAGCCGGCGUCGGCUCGAUGCCAAACUCAUGCAUCCAAAGUGCGUCUGGCUUGAUGAGGACCAUACCGAUGGCUUCAACGCGCGAGCCAUGAGCUUUCAUCUCAACGACAUGCUUGGAACACCAGAUAAAGUCAAGAUGUACAAGGAAAAUCCUCAGGAAUACUUGUGUAAAAGCACUCCUCCCUUCUCGUUCUGGUAUCAUCUUCGGCCAGGGGCAAACCUUCCCCUCUUCAAGCCUCCCCUGGAGUACGAGCGGAACGCAAUCACCGGACAAGAAGGCCGAGACAAGGACCCACAACGCGCAGUUGACGAGGCCAAGUGGGACAAGAUGGCCGACCACGACCCCCGGCCUAUUGCAAGACGUUCUAUGAGGGCGUCUGAACGAAGAGUCAAGAGAGAGAAGUUGGCCAAGAGACAAGGCACAAACCCUGACAUCACUCAUCUCAUCGUCACUCGCGCUGAGGAACAUGCAGCGUCGUUGGUUUGCAACAGUACAACAUCUUACGGCCACGAUGUUGUAUCCCUUCACGAGAAGACUUACUGCGAUAUGACCGUUAAGAGACUCUACAAACUUUGUGAUGACGAUUUCAAGGAGAACUGUUUUGACGUGGAACGAAAAACUCUGAUAGGCCAUGGCGGGAUCUUUGCUCGUGGUGAAAUAUCCGCUGUCUGA